UCGUUCGUUUGUAGCGUAUCAUGUAAAAGGGGCUGGAAUUUGACACCUCUGGGGUUCAAACUGUCAUGUGUUUAUGGGACUUGAUUUUGGCACGGACUCCUGUAUUUAGAGCAGAGAGCGUGUCCCGAGGAAGAACCGCGCGCGAGCUGUCCUGGACCUCACGCGUCUGGGGCAGUCAACACAACCCUAGAUUCUGCUCGCACCGGACACGAGUUUAUGUGAAAGACGUGGAUGUUCAGAAUUAUGCAUCAUCACUACAGGGAGAGGUCGAGAGGAAACAUUCGAAGGAAUACAUUUUCAUUAUCUGUGGAUUAUUUUCACUUGUCCGUUUCUUAAUUUAUUUCACUCAAAUCCAUGACAGGAGAGGUCGAUCAGGACCGAAAAGAUGGCAAAGGGUGGAGAAGUCUGGAGACCUGCAUGGCUGCACCUGCCCGAUGUCACCUGAGGAACUGGAAGGUGAUGCUGCUUGUGUUUGUGUGUCUUCUGGGUCUCGCUGAUGGACAUUUCCUCCAAGAGGAGAAAGAAGAGUCCCGUCCUAGCAAGCUGAGAGCCUCUUUAACCUCUGCAGAACAUCCAGGACCACAGAAAGAUCUAGAUGAGAGGCAGAGCAGAGCACCAUGGGCACGGCUGCAUGAUUCAUCGCUGGACGAGGAAGGCGAGGGUCAUCGGAUCCGGUGGCAGCGCUCCUCUACAAACAGCUCCAGUUCACGGAGGUCCAGUAGGAACCGUAAGGAGCGACGCAACCGUAAGCGAGGCCGGAGCAGCCAGGACUGCCGUUUGGAGAGGAAAGAGAUGAAGGUGCGUGACCUGGGCCUCGGCUACGACUCUGAUGAGAUUGUGCUGUUUAAGUACUGCGUAGGGACGUGCAUGAGCGCCCGUAAGAACUACGACCUGGCCCUGAAGGUGCUGACGGAUAACGGCAGCGUUCCAAGCCGCAAGGUGAGCCUUCACCCCUGCUGCAGACCUACACGCUUCGAGACCAUCUCCUUCAUGGAUGCCCAGACGAGUUGGCAGACCAUCAAAUGGCUUUCAGCGGCCAACUGCAGCUGUGUGGGAUGAGAGAAGCUGGUAAAAUCAACCCAAAGCUCCGGUGUAGAAAGCGAGGAAAUUCCAGUGCAAGGAAUCGGAUGCAGCGCUCCUGAUGAUGCACUGCAAACGCAGCCGAUCUGCUAGCAUCAGCACAGGAACCACAGGGAUACGGGACGUCCUGCAGGGAGAGAUUCUGUGAAGCGAGUCGUCAGAUUCCUGCUCCAGAUCUGCAUGGAAAGAUUGUGAAAAGUAACUUGAAGUCCUACAUUUCACAUUAUCCGAAACUGGAGAAGUUUUAAGAACGUGGAUGCCAUGAAGGUUCAUUAUAACAGAACAGAAGGUGCUUUAAUUCACUCAUCAGCUAAGCAUGUGUGUUUAAUAUACACACUUUCCUUAAGCCAUGUGCACAUUACAAGACUGAAGCGUGUCACUUUUUUAUGUUUGUGAGUAGUCUACAACAAAACUUUCCUUUUUUUUUUUUUUUCUAGAUAUGUAUAUUGCAUGCAGCAUUUUAGCAGUUUGCAGGCCGGUUCUGAAUGCUGAGUGGUGGAGUCCUGCAUCGGCUCUUUAUAAUGAUGAAAUAAUACUCCAUUACACUGCAUGUCUGGAUGUAUGCCCGGUUAUAACACUCUCUUCCAUCAUCUGAUCAUCAUUAGAUGAAUUACUGCUGCCAUGAUCGCCAGAAAAUGUACACACACUAUUUUUAACUCUUUUCUAUUUUAAACAAAUUCCGCCUGCUUUCCAUAAGCAGUAAAAGCGCUGAAUUUUAUGAAUAAUGUUGUACUCUAUAAAAGGCCUGUUUUACAUAGAAAUAAAUCAUUCUUGGAUUGAAAAGAAUGUCAAUGACCUGAUUUACAUUAUUGCUCAAAGGUUUGGAGUCGGUAAGAAAUUAAUACUUUUAUUCAGCAACAAUGCAUUAAAUUGAUCAAAGUGAGAGCAAAAUAUUAAUAAUGUUACAGAUUUUAUGCUGGAAAUUCAUCUUUGAUCAUGGGACUAAAUUAUAUUUUAACAUAUAUUCACAUAGAAAACACCUAUUUUAA